AAGAUCCAUUACCUAGCCAUGCCAUCUUCUCAAGGCCAUACAUAGCAAGGCUGAUUAAAUAUAUCGAAUUCAUUUAGUUUUCGUUCGCCUUAGCUUUGAAAAUAACAGCUCACCGACUUGGCAAUUAUAUAUAUUUAACUUCGCACAUAAAGGUUUACGCAGCUUACUGUACAAAUUUAAAGGAAAAUGAGUCAACCAAGUCCUAGAGUUCUUUCAAUUCAAAGUCAUGUAGUACAUGGCUAUGUAGGCAACAAAAGUGCAGUAUUUCCUCUUCAGGUUUUAGGUUUUGAAGUAGACUCUAUAAAUACUGUACAAUUCUCAACACACACUGGCUACAAAACCAUUAAGGGUACUGUUCUCAAAAAUGAAGAAAUGGAGGAGAUAGUGGAAGGUCUGAUUGCCAAUGAUGUCCACUUCUACACACACUUCCUAACUGGCUACUCAAGAUCAGCAGACUCUAUGAAACAAGUUGCUGAAAUAAUAAAAAAAUUGAGGUUGAAAAAUCCCAAUCUUGUUUAUGUGUGUGACCCAGUGAUGGGAGAUGACGGCAGAAUGUACGUGCCAGAGGACAUAUUACCAGUGUACAGAGAUAUAAUAGUUCCCCUGGCAGACAUAAUCACUCCUAACCAGUUUGAGGCAGAACUGCUGACAGGUCUCAAGAUGAAAAGUGUGGAGGACGCACUGAAGGUCACCAAGGCGUUCCAUGAGAAGGGAGUGAAGACUGUCGUUUUGUCUAGUACCGAGUUGGGAAAUGGCAGUACGAUGAUUGGACUGGCAAGCACGCCUGAAUCCUGCUACAAAAUUGAAAUACCAAAAGUGGAGUCCACAUUUACUGGCACAGGUGACCUUUUUGCUGCAUUAUUCCUGGCUUGGUGGCACAAAACUAACAACGACGUCAAAUCAACCUUAGAAAAGACGAUUGCGACCAUGCAAAGUAUUGUCACAGACACGUUUAAUACAGCCAGGCAAAUUCAGCCCACAGGAACCCUUCCCCCAGCUCUUAGGGAACUCAGAUUGAUACAGAACAAGAAUGUCAUUGUAAAUCCUAUUGUGAAAAUCAAUGCUGUAGAAAUUACCUCUUAGUAUAGUAGUGUUAUUAACGCCUAAAUUCGAAUGCAUUACAAGAAAAUGUUACUAGUGCUAUCUCCGUUACUCUGACUGGUAAGAUGAUUUGCUUAAAAUAAUUAUACAAGUACCAUUAGAUAUUUUUAUCUGAACACAUAUACUUGUGUCCUGUGUUACACACACAUACUUAAUGCGCAAGCGCAAACUGCUUUUUUUAUGUCAUGUGCAAUAUAAAUUUGAAAAUGUUUGCGUACAUAACUUUUUGUAUGCUUAGUAUAUAAAAAUGUGACAAAUAAAUGGGCAAUUUAGACAUAAGUUAAAAUAUGUUAAAUGUUCUGACCAGACAAUAAUCAAAAGACAAUAAGUACUAAUAAAACUGUAAUGUAUAAUCAUGUAUUAAUCGUAUGAAGUUAAAUAAUGUUGGUAAAUAUAUGUGCCAUCCAAUAUCAAUUCAAACUUAUUGUUUAAUUAGAUUUCCAUAAAGGUUUAUUGACAGUAUAUUUGACAUAAAAAAUAGGUUUAGGUAGUUAAUUAUACAAAUACAAUGCACAUCGUCGUCUUCGAUCGUCGAUGAUUUGUUAUAGUUAUAACACAUUAGUUCGGUCGACCGUUCUAAAAAUCCUCAUUUCAAACAUUGUAAGAAAAAUUUUAAGCUAAUAAUGUUUAUUAAACGUGAAUGCAUUAAAAAAUAGUCAAAGUGAAGAUGUAUAUUUAUAUUAGGGUAAUAACUUGGCUAUCUAUUCCAUUUAUAGAUUUUGUCAGCCAGUGCGCAUUAUAAAAAUAUAGCUGUUAUACAAAGAUUAUUAUAGGUAUGAUAUUUUAUUUGACCAAUAAACAUUAACUUCCAUUUAAUUUUAUCUGUGAUAAAAUUAAAAUCUAUAGCGAGGUAACAUAAUCAUUAGAAAUAAGCUAUAUGCAUUGAAUUGUUCAAUAUUGAAUGUUAAUGAUUUAAAUUUUACACUUUGUUGAUUUUUUUUAUUUUACUAUCUUUUUAAGUUAAGGAAAAUAAAUAUUUUGAUGUUAA